UUUUAAUAACAAUGUGGAUAAACUGAAUAACUCUAUAAGACACUCGACUGGAUUCAGAUGUUUAUGCAAAUACUUCGUUUGAUAAACAUCUAAGUUUAUACUCUAAAGCACAGAAUUGGUUAAAUCAGCUGAAAUUCUGGCCAGAACAUAACAUAACACCACGCCAUCCUUGUCGACAUUUUCCAGCUCACAAUCCUAUCCCUGGUAAUUUCUUCACGGUCAUCGAUCGACAGUUUUCUCUUUGACAUGUUGCUAACACGGAACCACUCGAACACAAGAAAGUCCAGUGGCGGUACAGUAGGAUUAUUUUUUUCAGCUCUGCAAACUUCCAACGUGAAUUUCAAAGCAUUACAUCAUGGAUGAAAAGAGCCCUCUACUGAGGAGAGAACACUAUACAGACACUCGUGAAUUUGCCCAAAUACAAACUUGUGAGAACGAAUGUCAAGCGAAUAUUGGUAAGAAUGAAGAUCACAGAAUUUCUCCUGACGCAGAGAGUGGAUCUGUAAACGAGGAACCAAACAACGAAGGAACAACAUGUCCUGAAGCAAAGGCUAGAUCGCCUUCAACUAUUUACAGAUGUGUGAUGCUGGUGGCCCUUUGUUUGAUAAACAUAGGUGAUUACUACUGUUUUGACUCCCCAGCCGGUUGCCAGGAUCACAUCCUAGAUGACCUUGAAAUUUCACAGACGAAGUAUAUGGGCUUCUACUCGACCAUCCAGUGGGCCAGCAUUGUCUCUUGUCUGUUUGGUGGCUACAUGACGGAUAGAAUUGGCAACAGAACUUGCGUGGUCGUUUCUACCAUACUGCUGCUGGCUUCACAUACCAUGUUCGCGGCUGGUGCUCUCCUUCAUAGCUACUGGACCAUGUGGGUUGCAAGGGCACUUUUCGGCUUGAUUGGGGGAAUCAGCGCCAUAUCAAGUGACAAUCUGACUGUUAAAUGGUAUAAGAUGAACGUGUUGAAUAUGGUGAUGGGUCUGAGGACAAGCAUCGCAAGGGUGAGCAGUGUGAUGGCGUUGAAUGUCCUUGGUCCACUAUAUAAUGUAAUGACCAACUUUUCCAGUUCCAACGUGUCUCUUGGCCUUACCCUGCUUUCAGGUUCUUUUGUAUGUUCCGUCUCUGCCUUGGCGGCCAUCGUUUUUGCAUUGUUGGACAGACGGGCGGACAAGCGGACAAUGAAAGUGGCUGCCAAAGAGUCUGAUGCUAAGGAAGACUUAGAGACAAUUAAACUAUCGGAAAUCAAGGAAUUUCCAGCCACUUUUUGGCUGAUCAGUUUUACAGCGGCUGUGUAUUAUCUGCAGUUGUUUCCCUUUAUUGCUCAGGGACAAGUUUUUAUGGAAACAAAGUAUGAGCGGCACCCCAACAGCGCAGAUAAUAUAAACAGUAUGAUAUAUAUAAUAGGAGCCAUAACUAUGCCCCUGUUUGGUUUCGCCAUCGACAGAAUCGGUCGAAAUCUCCUGUGGUUGUUUGCCGGGAUUUUCUUGACCCUUGCAAGCCAUAUUCUAAUGACCUUCACCUUUGUACAGCCAUAUUUGAGCACGGUUCUGCUAGGCCUGGGUUAUUCGAUCUUCACCACAACAGUGUGGCCCCUGGUCUCCUACGUAAUACCUCAGAAAAAAAUCGGUACUGCAUAUGGCAUAAUGUUCACUGUGAUAGCGGUAGGCCAGUCUGGCGUUACGUAUCUUGUUGGCUACAUUGUGGACACUACUGGCUUCUUCAUGCUCGAAUUCUUCUUCCUUAUGUCAGUAACAACCUGCUUAUUGCUGGCAUCAGUUUUAUUUCUCACCGACCAGUCUAUUGAUGGUCAAUUAAACAACAGCACACGUAAACGUAAUAUGGAUAAAGAUAAGGAAAGUUUGUUGGAACCAGAAACACGACGACUGAUUGUAAAUGAGACGAUGGAAAACAAGUAUGAUAUUCUAUGUUCAAACUCGGCAGACUUAACACAUUGCAUUAAAAUCACAAAGCAGUAUAACAUGGAUGAAAAUAGCCCUUUACUAGGGAGUGAAAAUAAUAUAGAAAAUCGUGAAUACAGCCGUAUACAAAAAAGUGCGAACGAAUGUCCAGUGAAUCAUGUUGUAAAUGAAGACAGGACUUCUCCUGACGCUGAAAGCGGAUCUCAAAACGAUGAAGAAAACAAGGAAGGAACAACGAGCACUAAAGGAAAGGUUAGAACGUAUUCAACCGCCUUUAGAUUUGUGAUGCUGGUGGUUCUUUGCUUGAUUAACAUAGGUGACUAUUACUGUUUGGACACUCCGGCCGGCCUCCAGAAUCAAAUUCUAGAUGAACUUGACAUUUCACAGACGAAGUACAUGGGCUUCUACUCGACCAUCCAGUGGGCCAGUAUUGUCUCUUGUCUGUUUGGUGGCUACAUGACGGAUAGAGUGGGCAACAGGAUAUGCAUGGUCACUUCAACGGUGUUCCUGUUGUUCUCACAUACAAUGUUCUCUGCCGGUGCUUUAUUUCAUAGCUACUGGACAAUGUGGGUUGCCAGAGCUCUCUUUGGGUUGGUUGAAGGGAUCAGUGCUAUAUCUGUUGACAACCUGACGGUGAAAUGGUACAGAAUGAGCGUGUUGAAUAUGGUGAUGGGCCUAAGGACAAGCAUCUCUAGAGCGAGCAGUGUAUUGACGUUGAAUAUUCUCGGUCCAAUAUACAUCUCACUGUCCAGAGUUUUCAGUUCCAACGCUUCCCUCUGCCUCGCCCUACUUUCAGGCUCAGUUGUUGCCGCCGUUUCUGCUUUGGCGGCCAUAUUGUUUGCACUGUUGGACAAACGAGCUGACAAGCGAAAAUUGGAAGUAGCUCACAAAAAGUCCGACGCCAAUGAACACUCAGAGACGAUUAAGUUAUCGGAUAUCAAGGAGUUUCCAGCCACGUUUUGGCUGAUCAGUUUUACUACGGCAGUUUAUUAUCUACAAGUGUUUCCAUUUGUUGCUCAGGGACAGGUAUUUAUGGAAACAAAGUAUGAGCGAAACCCCAACAGCGCAGAUAGUAUAAACAGUAUGAUAUACCUGACAGCAGCCAUAACCAUGCCACUGUUUGGUUUUGGCAUCGACAAAUUUGGCCGAAAUCUCAUGUGGUUGUUUGGCGGGCUUUUCUUCACCCUUGCUAGCCAUGUUCUAAUGACCUUCACCUUUACGCAGCCAUAUUUAAGCACGGUUCUGCUAGGUAUUGGCUAUUCCAUCGUUACCACAACAGUGUGGCCGCUGGUCUCCUACGUCAUCCCUCUGAAACAGCUCGGUACCGCAUAUGGAAUAAUGAACACUGUGAUAGCGGUAGGUCAGUCCGGCGUUACGUACCUUGUUGGCUACAUUGUGGACACGACUGGCUUCUUCAUGCUUGAAUUCUUCUUCCUCAUGUCAAUAAUAACUGCCAUAAUUCUAGCAUCGGUUUUAUUCCUCACCGACCAGUCUACAGACGGUGGAUUAAAUAACAGCACAAGACAACGUUUGGAUAAAGAGAAUGAAAAAAGUUUGAAACAAAAGGCAGCGCAACUCUAUGUAAAUGAGAAGCGGAAAAGUGAAUAACAACUUGUUGAACAUCGGUGGCAACCACGGUCCUUUCUUCCGUUACUCUUUGUACACUACAUACUUAACGAAGCAUAGCGGAGAAAUCUAUAGGGAGUAUCCGACGACGCAUCUUGAAGAGACAUCCUGAUAUAAACGAGUUCCCAGACCACUAAGUAAUAGUUAAGAUGACAUGAAGUAAAUUCUUACUGAAUAGAAAUGGGCGGGGCGAUCGAGCCCUUCUUAAUCAUUAAGAAAUUACUUCAGGUCAUCUAACUUAUAAUGCAACCUAAAAAAGCUGAUACAUUGAGAAUGCAAAAUCUGACGCAGCCAGUGUGUAUCAGAUGAGUGGCAGUAGGCGGACCUUUAAACACCUGCGAAAGGUGAAAUGCUUAAUGUUUAAGUCCAAUUCUUAAUGAUUGCCUACCUAGAAUUUCAUUGGCUUAACAUGUAGGUUGUAUUCUAAACAGCCUUUAGAAUGACUUUUAAAUCACGUCAGAAUUUGUAAUUACGAUGGACUAAGAUAGGUAAAUUAGAUAAAUUGGCGCAUUUACAAUUAGCCGUAAAACUGAAGAUCGGUCCUGGUGGUUUUGAAAGUAUUUUAAAUGCUGACAGGUAAAUGGUCCCGGUUACAUGUAGUUUUAUUUGUGUCGAAUAGAGGUCGCCAAGAUCUUUAGUUUCCAAGAUGUGUUUUCAAAAUUAAUAGAGCUUUGUUAAGUUAAGGAAUUUGUGUGUACUUUGUGAAUAACAGCAGAGGUUUAGUGAUUUAUAUCCCUGACAUUGCCACGGAGAACCCCUUCACGACCAGGCUGGUUAUCAACCUCGUUCAAGAAAAUAUGCCACUUAUUCGUGCUACCAAGUUAAAAGACCGUAAGGUCGUUACUGAUGGUCAUUUUGACUUAUUUUGUACAAUUGAAAUACAUGAACCAUCGUAAAUUUAGAGUAAAAUCUACAGGCUUACAGCAAAAUUGAAAUUACUACGCGAUCUACUUGCAGCGAAAUAAGAUGUAAAGAAUUCUGACAUUGCAAAUCGUCCAUUAGAUAUCUGAUGUUGUUUUCGAUGGAAAAUGGCCAAGUUGUUCCUCUUGUUUGUCGAUUAGGUCAAAUGUUAACCGGAAGGGACACAUUACACGUGUGGACAAAUUUCUAUGAUGCUCACGAUUAAAUCCUGUUAACCAAUGCAUAAAAGGAGAUGAGACAUUUUGAAAUCUUUGCCCAAAGAUAUUCUACUUUCAUUCUGGCAAAUAAAGUUGUUUCUCAAUGACGUGUUUCUUCAAUCUGACUGUAUGAAACUAUAUGGUAGAAAAAAGUUGGCUCUAAAUGGAUAGCACGUGUAACAAAUCUU